AUGGAGUCCAGAGUUUGCUUAACAGAAGAAAUUGAAGAAUACAGGAGCACCGUUAAGAAGCCCAAUGAAAAUUUAUUGUUGCAGGAAACUAAAAGGUUAGAUGAACCAAAAAGUCAUAAUGAAGUGCCAGAGUCAAACUUCAUGUUCUUGGUUGAGCUCAGGAAGAAGGUCAUGAGCUUUAGAGACAUUAUGGACCUUCCUCCCUGUAAUGGUUCACAAGCAAUUAGAGAGUUGUUGAUGAUGACUAAUGAGGAACUCCAGAGACUUUACCCUGAAGUUGUACCUAGUGUUCCAGUUUCAGAAAUGAAUGAAAUGUCUAUGCAUCAGGGAUUGAAACACUUCUACCAUGCUCUGAAAUCUAUUGGAGAUUCUUGGGUUAAGAAUCACAAAUGGUUGGCUAAAUUUGAAUACAAGGAAAGUGGUGAAAUGAAGAACAUUGAUUCAGAGGAGUUUGGUGGAAGAGUUUUGGAGAAGCUUGCUUUCAUGAUUAAGAUGGCAAGGGAACUGUUUGAUGAGAUGGAAGAGGAAGGAAAGAAUAGUGAUAAGAGUCCAGGGGGUUCGAAAUUUGAAGAAAUCUUAAAUGGUUCAUACUCAAACAAUGAUGAUGGCUCAUUUUGUCACUUUCCAGUCACCCCAAAUUCAGUACUUCCAGAGUUGAGCAACAGUAGUGCGAAAAGUGGUGAAUUUGCUCAUUCCCCAACUCUCACUUGGCCUCUCAGGACUUCUGUUAGGAGAUUGAAACCCAUCGAUCUAAAUCGCCUGCUAGUCUUCCCCUUGUUGCCUCAUUUAUCAGCUCCUGGUUCCAAAACCACGAAUAAAAGGAGCAAGGCAUCUAAGGAAUCUGGGCUAGAGACCCAAGAAGUGAAGAGCAAUUCCAUGGCAAAGCCAGACCCAGCAACAAAGGAAGAAAGUGGAGAUUGCACUGCUGCAUAUGAAACUCAACAGAUUACAGUAUCAAGUUCUAAUCAGAUUUCUAGUGAUUAUGGGGGCAGUUCCAAUAGCUAUACAACUCCCAAGAUGGGUGGGAACCCUGUUCUUACACUAUCAGUUGCAGCAAGUGAAUCCCCAGUAGAGUCACCACAGCCUAAACCAUCAAUGUUGCUACCAAAUGUAUCACAAGCCCCACCUCCACCGCAGUCAUUAUCAGCCAAGUCUAAGCCAAAUGUAUCACUAGCAGCUGUAGCACCACCACGACAAACAAAAAUGGCUUUGCUACCAAAUGUAUCAACACAAUCACCACCACCGCCACCCCUGCCCAAGUUUCUGCCGUAUGUAGCUUGUGUGAUUGUGUGGCCCUGUGCACAGUUGCUUGCUUGUGUUUCUACAUGGCCCCAUGCACGUUUGUGUGGCUGGCUGCAUGGCCCUAUUCACGGUUAUGGACAUGGCCGCAUAGCCUUGUUACGCACACGGUCACGUGCUUUGGCUGCAUGGCCUGGAGCUUGGCUGCACUGCCCCCAUGGAUGGCAGCAGGCAUGGCUGCACAUCUCCACCCAUGGUUGUGAGCGCCGGUCCUCAUCCCCACAUAUGAUUACGACCGUGGCUGCUUCACCAGCAACAGUAUCACCACCAUCACCACAACCACCAGCAUUGCUACAAAAUGUAGCCAUACCACCACAACCACUGACAUUGACACAAAAUGUACCUCCACCACCAACACCACAAUCACCGCCAUUGCCACAAAAUGUAUCAGUGCCAUCACCAGAGCUCCUCCCCCACCACCAGCACAAGCAUUGCCCACAACAGAAACCUCAGCUCCACACCCACCUCCACCCACGACCAUCAAAAGGGUCGUUGCCAUCUCCACUCCCUCCACUUCCGCUAAAGAACGGAGGAGCUCCUACCCCACAACCAACACAACCAUUGCUCACAUUGCCACCAAAUGCAACAGACAGCUCAGCCCCAGCCCCAGCCCCAGCCCCACCUCCACCCUCACAUCCAUCAAAAGGAUCGUUGCCAUCACCACCCCUUCCACUGUCACUGAAGAAUGGAGGAGCUCCUCCCCCACCUCCUCCAAUUGGUGGGACAAAAGCACUAGGUCCCAAGAAAUCAAAUACCAAGCUAAAGAGAUCGAGCUUCAUGGGUAAUCUUUAUCGAGUGCUCAAAGGAAAAGUAGAAGGAUCUAGUAUAGAUGGUAAAUCAUCUCAUGUGAGGAAGACUCAAAUUGGGGGCUCUGUGGGUGGAAAAAAAGGCAUGGCUGAUGCACUGGCAGAAAUGACAAAGAGUUAUUCUUUUCCCUACUUCCAACAAAUUGAAGAAGAUGUUAAGAAGCAUGCAGCAACAAUAAUGGAGUUGAAAAAAGCCAUCAAUUCAUUCCAAACAAAGGAUAUGGCUGAGCUUCUCAAAUUCCACCAAUACAUAGAACACCAUUUGGAGAACUUGACUGCUGAGACCCAGGUGCUAGCAAGGUUUGAAGAUUUCCCUACAAGGAAGCUUGAAACAUUAAGGAUGGCAGCAGCAUUAUACUCAAGGUUUCAUGAAAUAGUCACAAACCUAAAGAGCUGGAAGAUAGUCAAUCCUCUCUGCCAGCUUCUUGAUAGGGUUGAGGGCUACUUCAACAAGAUCAAGGUAGAAGUGGAUGCCUUGGAACGAAUCAAAGAUGAAGAAUCUAAGAAAUUCAAAAGUUGCAAUAUCCAUUUUGACUUCGACAUCAUACUGCGAAUAAAAGAACUGAUUGUAGAUAUUUCAUCAGGUUGCAUGGAGUUAGCACUAAAGGAGAGGAGAAGGUAAAGCAGUCAUUCCUAAAGAAAAUGGAUCAAAAACUAAUGCUCAAUUGAAGGCUUCCCAUUAAGAUGCUUUGGAGGGCUUUUCAGCUAGCAUUUCGGAUCUAUACAUUUGCAGGUGGACAGGA